GGUCCCUAACCGGCUAUCCCUCCUCCCUCGGUCUCUCCCGUUUUCCCAGUUCGCGCAGCGCAGCAGCCUGAGCCCUGAGCCUCCUCUCUUUCCCUCUCUCGGUCUUCAAUCACUCUCUCAAACUCUCUGUCUCUCAUUACCAGCGGCAACCUUCUCACUCUCAAUCUCUCACACCUCGCCGUUUUAGUGGUUUGGUUUGAAUGUUUGCUCUCUGUGGUUGUUUGGAUCUUGAAGAUAGAUGAAUGUGAGUGGAAAACAUCUGGGGUUUUGAUCGAUGAAGGUUCGAUGUAUGGAUCUAACUAUAUAUAUAUGUGGACUGAAAAUUAACCACAUGAUUUUGUGUGAGGGGUUUGCGUUGUAUAACUCUGAACGGUUAAAGUAAGAUUUGUGGCAAAGCACAACCACAAGAAAGAUCGUCGGAUCAUAAUCUCUGGAAAGAUGAAGUCAAAGGCGUCAAAGGUCUCAAGGUCCUCAAGCUCAAGUUCAAACUCAAUGGGAUCAAAAUCAAAUAGCCUUCAUGAUCAAACGAACUCAUCUUCGAGUGUACCAUCGGAAAGUGUUUCAACUGGAGAUGAUGCCAGUGUUUCAACUGGAGAUGGUGCCAGUGUUUUUCAGUUGAUCCAAUCUCAUCAGGAAAAGGCUGCUCGGCUUCCCCCAGUUGAGGAAAUCCGAACUCUACUUCAUCUUAGUUUUCACGGAAUGCUCUCCACUUUUUCUCAGAAGCAUGAGGGUUAUCCAUCAGGAUCAAUGGUUGACUUUGCAUGUGAUGCAGAUGGAUCUCCAAUUUUAGCAGUUAGCAGCUUGGCAGUUCAUACAAAGGACCUAGCCCUUAAUCCCAAGUGCUCAUUGCUUGUGGCUAGAAACCCUGAAGACAGGACUGAUUUGGUGGUCACGCUGCAUGGUGAUGCUAUUCCUGUUUCCGAGAAGGAUCAAGCAGCCAUACGCACUGCAUAUUUGGCUAAGCAUCCCAAUGCAUUUUCGGUUGACUUUGGCGACUUCCAAUUCAUGCGCAUUGAACCAAAAGUUGUGCGAUACGUGUCAGGGGUUGCAACAGCCUUGUUAGGAUCAGGAGAGUUCGGAAGUGAGGAGUAUAAAGCUGCAAAAGUUGAUCCAGUUGCUCAAUUGAAGGCUUAUAUGGCUCAUGCUAACCAUACAAUAGCCAUUGUGCAACAGUCGAUGUCUAUUCCGGUGGACUCUGCUUACAUGUUGGACUUGGAUAGCCUGGGUUUCAAUGUUAAGGCUCGCUAUCAGGGGAAUAAUUUCAAGCUCCGCAUACCUUUUCCUAGACGUGCAGAGGAUCAAAAGGAUGUGAAGACUUUAAUGAUGGAAAUGAUUGCGGCUGCAAUGGCUCGAGGUUGUUAUCCUCCCAGUCCAUAAGUAGGAUAUUUCCGUACCUCGGAACUGCCAUCGCAGAGAUAUGGAAAAUUUUGGACUCAAAAGAGGUGUAAUGAGAUAUUCGUUGCAGAAGAAUAUGCUUGUUUCUAUUGUAUGCUCAGAAAGAAAUUCUACAUAAUACUAAGAAUCAUGGUUACGGCAUCCACAUAAACUGCUUCCAAACUCAUAAUCGUUUAACGUGAAAAGCGAAUAUCUGUUUGUAUGUAAAGUCCUCUGCCUUGUCCUGUUUGUUUGUUUGACAGAUUGCGUAAAGGAUAAAUUGUUAUGGACCUCAAUGCAAUGGGAUUUGAAUAUACGAGAAGUUCCGGUUUAGGUGUUUU